AUGAAGUUAUCUCACUCCACCUUGUUGGCUGUAUUGGCCACCUCUGCCGUGGUUCAGUCUGCUCCUGCUCCUAUAAAAGCCCAAGAUUCUACUCAGAUUAUGAAGCGAGACGACUUGGAGCGUGCAUUGGCGGCAUACGAAGAAUUGCAAGCCUUAAAGGUCAAGAGAGCUGAUCUCGCAGCCGAAUUGGCUGAGAGAGAAUACCAAGUGGUUACUGAUGUGUUGACUGCUAUCAAAAACACCGAAUUGACUCCUGUUGUUUUGAAAUUUUUCGUUUCUAACGAAACAUUGAAGAAUUUGACCAUCACUGGUCUCGAAUAUGUCAUCAAGUCAGGACUCAUCUCUCUUCAGAGCUUGUUGCAACUAUCUGUGGAGUCUGGUUUGGUUGUGUCUGUUGUUAACGACCUUCUUUUCAACUGUCAGUUGUAUGUGUCCAUCUUCAACACAAUCAAGUCGCUGGCACUCAGUCUUCUUACUGGACUCUUCAAGAAGGACGGUACAGAAAAGAGAGCAUACACCCUCGAGGAAGGUAUUGAGAUGCUUCGCAGAGAUGGCUUGAUGCCACCAGAUCUCCUUGAGCAGGCUGGGGAGAAGAGAGAUGUGGACGAUAUCAUUGUCAACUUAUUGGAGAGUUUAGCUUCCUCUGGUUUAGCCACCCAGGUGGUGGAGACCAUUCUCACUGAUCCUGCUUACCUUUCGUUCGGUGCUCAGGUCGUCAAGCAGCUCAACUCAGAAGGAUUGAUCAACCUUUCUGCUCUUCUCAGUGCAACCCAAUCAUCUGGAUUGUUAUCCCAGUUGGUUAAAGAGUUCUUGAGCUUCGACACUAUCAAGGAAAUCGCGGCCACUGCCGUUGAUGCAUUUGACGGCAAGUGUUCGUCUACGGUGUCGCUGGGCAACCUGACCAUCCCAAGCACAUCCGGCUCUUCAUCCUCAAGCACCAGUUCCAGUGGCUCUGGGUUGGGUGGCUUAGUUACCGGACUUCUUGGGGGAGGCAGUUUGUUAUCUGGUGUGACUGGAUUGUUAGGAAGCUUAUUAGGAGGAGGUUCUGGCUCAUCGUCCACUACCACAGCAACCACCGCUGUUGUUGGUUCUACUGCUACUGCUACCACUGUUGCUGGUGUGUCCACCUCCACCGAUCCAUGUGCGACUUCCUUGUUCAAGAGGGAGAGACUUCGGAUGUACUAG